AUGUCAAAGUUGUACUGUUACUGUCGACGAGAGUCUGAUAAUAGAUGUAUGAUAUUUUGCGAGCUAUGCACUGAGUGGUUCCAUUUCGAAUGUGUUGGUGUAGUCGAAACUAAUAUUCCAAAAGGGGCAUGGUAUUGUAAAUGGUGUGAACGAAUCCGAAAGGUUAAAAGCUCACUUGUGAAGACGUUUCAUGACGAGUUGGUUGAAGUAAAAGCAGAUCUCACCAAGAAAUUUAACGAAGAAGUGGCAAAAGUGAGAGCAGAGUCUAAUCAACAAGUUUGUAUUCAACAGGAAGUACAGCGUCUACAGCAACAGGUGACUGUGUUGCUAGAAGAGAAAAGAGAUCUGAUUAACCAGAAUAAAGAUAAGGAAUACCUUUUGCUGCAACUAAAGAACAAGGAAACAGCAAUGGUGACAUCAGAGCAACACAACAAUGAACUCAUUGAACAAAUAUCUACAUUGAAACAAAACUUCAGUCAGGAAAAGCAGCAGUUACAAAUAGCUCUGGAAAGGUCAAACAAGGAGUAUGAAUCAGCAAAGAUUGGGUUGGCUGAAGCUACUUUAAAGUUACAGUCAAUGGAAACAGCCAUGUUGGCAUUUGAGAAAGAAAAACAUGUCCUUCAGCAGUUGUCUCAAGACCUCAAUCAGGAAAAGCAAAGGCAGGAGAGAGAUCUGGAAAUAUUGGCUAAGGAGAAUGAAGAAUUAAAGGAAAAAUUAGCUGCAGCCAGAAAAAGAGGUCGCUUAAGUUUAAGUCAAAAGAUAUGAGGACACCGCAAGGGAUUCAUCAUAUAGCACUGUAUUAUUAGACUUGAAUG